AUGCCGGACUUCAUGUCUAGCCGCGAAGCGAGCCCUACGGCUUGCGACUCCAUCGACAAGUCGAAGCCCAAAGCCGCCACAAGCCAGAACAGCCUGCUCUUGAAGUUGCCCGAAGACAUUUUCAAGUGUGUCAUGGAUUAUCUGAACAGGGACAAUGCCUGGGUCCUCAAGCGCGUGUGCAAGGGCAUGGCCAAUAAUGUGACUGUGAACCAGCUACUAUACAGAUAUCCCCUACAGCUGCACGAUGUGCGUGAAAUUAGGAUGAGCGACUGGAGGUAUAAGAGUAGCGGUAUGCUACGCUGGACGAGCUUCAUGGAGAGCAUCAAUGACAGCAACAGGCGACUCGUGCAGAAGUUGGCCAUGUCGCAUUGGGCGAGCAUAGCCGACUUCAAGUGGAUAGAAGAAAAUCUACCCUGCCUUACGAGCCUGGACAUAUCCGCCAUCAAGGACUUUGUGUGGACUCCAGAAGAGACUUGGACAUGGAAGAUGAUGGCCGAGGCCUGUCCCAAGCUCUUCGCACGCUUAGAUGAACUCGAAGUCGCCAACUGGGCCGAUUACACUGCCCAUUCUCGCGUAGAAUACCACUAUUCGUACAACGAUUACCGGUUCAGGCAAAACUUUAGGAUAAGCAGGCGCCGGGAUGGUGCCUCGGUCGCGAGCGCCAUCUUCCCCCUGUGUACGCGCUUGAAGACGCUUGCGAUACGCGAGCGGUACUCGGGAUUUCACACUUGGAACGAAUGGGAGGUGCAUCAGCGCGUGUGCUGCCUCGUGGAUGGCGUGCAAAAGUUCUGUCCCGAGAGUAUGACCAAGCUCCGAAUCCACGACUAUGCCCCAUACCGAUCUCUAUUCUCCACCGACGCUACCGACUGGUCCCGCAUCAAGGAGGUUGAGAUUGGCCUAUACUCUUGGAUGGAGGAUCGCCGCGAUAGGGAUGUCAUCGGCCCCAUUCCAUAUCGCAUAACCCAAGGACACCACCAUCGCGAGGAAGAGGAGGCAUUUGAUGACAAGACGUUUGACGGCUGUGGCCGUGACCACAUGAGUCUAGGGAACCACGUUGUACAGGGCGUCGGGGCCUCGUUCGAGGAUUUGCUUCAGAGCCUUCACCACAUCUCGAAGAAGUAUCCAAACAUCAACAUGAAACCCAUCCACAGUCUUCGCAACAUCACACUUCACCCAUUUCACUUGGUCAAUGUCACCACACGCCGUCAUCACUUCGGCCAAAACGCCCUGCAAAACACUCAACAAACAUUAAGCGACCCCACUUCCAAGCCCGAAGUACAAGCGUCCUUGCGCUGGCUGGCCCAGAAGUGUGACUGGAAGCCGAUAUUCGUCUGGGACAGCAUGAUGUGCGACAACAUGGUAUCAACUUUACGAACACUGCAAAUACCCAUCCGCAUCUGCAUAGGCGACCGCGCAAACAGUUCUCCCCCAUCCGGUCUCGACGGUUGCCUCUUCUUUGGCGACUCCAAAGGCCACGUUGGCGAGGGCGAAGACAAGCGCGAAGUCCUCCUCCCAACCCAAGCCGUCUUCAGCCUCACACCCAUCGCCUCCAUGAUCGACGAACUGACUAUUCACUACCCUCCAGAAGUCCCCGGCGUCUCGGGCUUCCUCCGCAGCGCCAAACGCCCCACGCCCGGCGAGCAAACCCUCAUGCAACGUGAACUCGUGGGCUGGCGCCGCUUCUGGGCCCGCUACGCCUCGCAGUUUACAAACCUCAAGAAACUAAGUGUAAAUGUGCCCAAGGUCAUUUACGAAGACUGGGGCAAGGGGGAAAUGGCUACUCUACUGAAAGAUCAGCGCUGGCAGAUGCUCGAAGUGGAAGAACAGCAAGAACAAACUUUCUUCGGUAAUUACUUCCCUUUCGGCAAUGUGAGUUCGGCACGUUACCGCUUCCCGCGUAGUCGUAACAGGGCGAAAUUCGUUCAACGAGUCUUCUUCCGUCUGGACAACGAACCCUUGGAUCUGGGUGUUCCUCACCCCGGUCUCAGUCCGCUGCAGCUCGAGGAGAGGGAGAUUUCAGACGAGGAGAUUGCGUACAAGGAGGAUGAUGCUGAGGGGGGUGCGACAACUCAUCGGUUCUGGGUCAAGAAGGAGGACCCGAAGGAUGGCGCUGACGCGAAGAGGAAGAGAGAGGAUGGUGAGGCCGUGAACGGGGAGACUCUGGCGGAGGAAUACGAGGCCAAGAGGCAGCGACUGCACAGUGAGGUUAGGGCUGAGCUGGCGGAGUGGAUCGGAGCUUGA